CAGGCCACCCGCACCGGCAGCCCUCAAGGCUGCCUUGAUGGAAUCGGACCUAGAUGGACUCUAAGCGGCCUCCUGCUUGGAAACCCUGUCAGACCCUGCGUUUUCUACAGAGCGGCUAAGUCACACGGCUUUUCCGGACGGUGAUUAUGGACUGCAUGUGGGAUUGACGGGCCAGGUGAGCUCUCGUGCUUGCCCUUCACACAGGAAUGCGGCUGGUCUCCUGUGUCUGGUUCCCGUCUGCAUUUUCAGUCCUCACUGUUGAGUGUGUGCAAAUCCCUUCUAUCACCUGACAUUUAAAAUAGAUACCCUCAGAGUGGAAGUUCGUUCCCAUUAUUGACCCGCUCACUCUGCAAUCUUGAAGGGGGUUCUCCAAGCAGGAGGGAAAGCUGGCCAGAACGCGGUCCUGGAGCAGCCAGGAAGCCGAGGGGGCGGUGAGGGCAGGGAUGGCCCAGCUGUGGCCUCUGCCGCUCGCUGGUUUUCACGUGAGACUGCAGCCGGGACAACCCGGAGCCCAGGCCGCCUCUGCAUCUGAAUAGAGCCAAGCUGCCUUCAGGAUCUCACCUGCGUGGCUGUGCCUUCGGCCGCCCGGCCGUGCAGAGCUGCAGGCCCCUUCCCCACCGAGAAGCGUCUGUUCGCGCCCUGCAGGGAGCUGGGCUGGGGGCUCAGAGGAUGCCUCUGUGCUUGGCCUUAAUGUGCACAGGGAGAGCUUGGGCGAUCCUGGCUCAAGGGCUCUGCUUGGAAACAGCUCGGGGAAAUGGUUCCUCCCCCUGGAUGUAGUCACAGCGUGGUAAAUUCCAUCUGAAAAAUAAAAGCCGAGCUCUUUGCUGAGUCAUAGAAGCUCGGAGCUGAUUUGCGCAAAAGCCGGACUGAGUCUUGGACGAGCCGGGAAAGAUUCUCACAGUCGAGCAGAGCGAUGGGAGAGAGGAGCAGACAGCGAGCUUUGGAAUGUGAAUGAGAAGAUGUAGUGUGACAGCAGCCCGGGUGACACCUGCUGGGAGCUUGGCGUGGACACCCCAGCCACCCCCAGCCCAGCCCAGCCGGAGCACCCUACCCCUGGGCAUCCCCCCGGCCAUCCAGCCUCACCAUGUCCAAGAGGGGCAUGAGCAGCCGGGCCAAGGGGGACAAGGCAGAGGCCCUCGCGGCGCUGCAGGCGGCCAACGAGGAUCUUCGAGCCAAGCUCACAGACAUCCAGAUCGAGCUGCAGCAGGAGAAGAGCAAGGUCAGCAAAGUGGAACGCGAGAAGAACCAGGAGCUGCGGCAGGUGCGCGAGCAUGAGCAGCAUAAGACCGCGGUCUUGCUCACGGAGCUCAAGACAAAGCUGCAUGAGGAGAAGAUGAAGGAGCUACAGGCUGUGCGUGAGACGCUGCUGCGGCAGCAUGAGGCCGAGCUGCUCAGGGUCAUCAAGAUCAAGGACAACGAGAACCAGCGGCUGCAGGCACUGCUCAGUGCCCUGCGUGACGGCGGCCCCGAAAAGGUCAAGACCGUGCUGCUGACCGAGGCCAAGGAGGAGGCCAAGAAGGGGUUCGAGGUGGAGAAGGUCAAGAUGCAGCAGGAGAUCUCCGAGCUCAAGGGCGCCAAGAGGCAGGUGGAGGAGGCGCUGACGCUGGUGAUCCAAGCAGACAAGAUCAAGGCCGCAGAGAUCCGCAGCGUGUACCACCUGCACCAGGAGGAGAUCACCCGCAUCAAGAAGGAGUGCGAGCGGGAGAUCCGCAGGCUGAUGGAGGAGAUAAAAUUUAAAGACAGAGCAGUCUUCGUGCUGGAGAGAGAGUUAGGGGUUCAAGCCGGGCAUGCUCAGAGACUGCAGCUCCAAAAAGAGGCUCUAGAUGAGCAGCUGUCCCAGGUCCGAGAGGCCGACCGGCACCCGGGCAGCCCCAGACGGGAACUUCCUCAUGCAGCUGGUGCAGGAGACGCUUCAGACCACUCGGGAAGCCCUGAACAGCAGUUGGAUGAAAAAGAUGCCCGGCGCUUCCAGCUUAAAAUCGCGGAGUUAAGUGCGAUUAUCCGCAAACUGGAGGACCGCAACGCAUUGCUGUCGGAAGAGAGGAAUGAGCUGUUGAAGCGCGUAAGAGAAGCUGAGAGUCAGUACAAGCCUCUGCUGGAUAAAAACAAGCGCCUCAGUCGGAAGAACGAGGAUUUGUCUCAUGCUUUACGCCGAAUGGAAAACAAGUUAAAAUUUGUCACCCAGGAGAACAUAGAAAUGAGACAGAGAGCCGGAAUCAUACGGAGACCCAGUUCCUUGAACGACCUUGAUCAAAGUCAGGAUGAGAGAGAAGUCGAUUUCUUGAAGCUUCAGAUUGUGGAGCAGCAAAACCUCAUAGAUGAACUGUCUAAGACCCUGGAGACCGCCGGCUACGUGAAGAGCGUGUUAGAGCGGGACAAGCUGUUGAGAUUCCGGAAGCAAAGAAAGAAAAUGGCAAAACUUCCCAAGCCGGUGGUUGUGGAGACCUUCUUUGGAUACGACGAAGAGGCUUCCCUGGAAUCCGACGGCUCCUCCAUCUCUUACCAAACAGACAGGACGGACCAGACCCCGUGCACCCCGGACGAUGACUUGGAGGAGGGCAUGGCCAAGGAGGAGACGGAGCUGAGAUUCCGGCAGCUGACCAUGGAGUACCAGGCCCUGCAGCGCGCCUACGCUUUGUUGCAGGAGCAGGUUGGAGGGACGCUGGACGCAGAGCGAGAAGUUAAGACCCGUGAGCAGCUACAAGCCGAAGUGCAGAGGGCGCAGGCGCGGAUAGAGGACCUGGAGAAGGCCCUGGCGGAGCAGGGGCAGGAUAUGAAGUGGAUUGAAGAGAAGCAGGCACUGUACCGGAGAAAUCAAGAGCUUGUGGAAAAGAUCAAACAAAUGGAGACAGAAGAGGCUCGGCUCAGACACGAGGUGCAGGACGCCAGAGACCAAAACGAGCUGCUGGAGUUCAGGAUCCUGGAGCUUGAGGAGAGGGAGAGGAAGUCACCCGCCAUCAGCUUCCACCACACGCCCUUCGUGGACGGGAAGAGCCCCCUCCAGGUGUACUGCGAGGCCGAAGGUGUGACGGACAUUGUGGUUGCGGAGCUGAUGAAGAAGCUGGACAUCCUGGGCGAUAACGCCGUAAGUAACCUGACCAAUGAGGAGCAGGUGGUUGUCAUACAAGCCAGGACAGUCCUGACCUUGGCCGAAAAGUGGCUCCAGCAGAUUGAGGAGACAGAGGCGGCGCUGCAGCGGAAGAUGGUGGAUCUGGAGAGCGAGAAGGAGCUGUUCAGUAAGCAGAAGGGCUACCUGGACGAGGAGCUGGACUACCGGAAACAGGCCUUGGACCAGGCCAACAAGCACAUCCUGGAGCUGGAAGCCAUGCUGUAUGAUGCCCUGCAGCAGGAGGCCGGGGCUAAGGUGGCUGAGCUGCUGUCAGAGGAGGAGCGCGAGAAGCUCAAGGUGGCCGUGGAGCAGUGGAAGCGCCAGGUCAUGAGUGAGCUGCGCGAGCGGGACGCCCAGAUCCUGCGGGAGCGCAUGGAGCUGCUGCAGCUGGCUCAGCAGAGAAUUAAAGAGUUAGAAGAAAGAAUAGAAGCUCAGAAGAGACAAAUAAAGGAACUAGAGGAAAAGCUUUCAUUCUCUGGUCAUAGUCCGUCUUGGCACCCUGACGUGCCCCACAUUGAAUCGGACCCUUUUCCUCCAGUGGGACCAGAGAGCAGGGACAAAAUGGGACGUCGCGUCUCCAUCCUGAAGACCCAGGGAGAUUUGGUCUCUGCACGCCCGUCCCGUGGAGGAAGAGUGAGAAGGGGCAGUGUGUGGGGCGCGGAGCUGCCGUCCACAUGGGAUGCGCCAGAACUAGAACUGGCUCUGCCGACUUCUCGGGGGCUUCUCCGGGAGAGGCCUGGCCUUGGCUGCUGGACCCUGGGUCCCUUCUCCUGGACGGCAGCCCCCAUCCCAUUUCCAGGGAUGUGUAGCAUUCCCUGCCAAGCAGGGGUGAGAACUGCUUCUGUGCAGAAGCACCAGCCGCGGGUCCCCUCCUCUCUCUUGGUUCUCACAGUAGCUGCCACUGGUGUCUGGAGGAAGAUUUUCAGAAACAACAGAGGCUUGGCCUGAUGACAAGAUGAAAGCUGGACGGUGACCUUCAUUCAGGGGAACCUGGAGGCUCCCUGGGAUGGUCCUGGGAGGGCUCCCCGACGCCUCAGGGGCCCCUCCGAUGCUGCAAUGUGUUGCUGGGGUCCUGAGCAUCUAUUGGCCAACAGACCCCACAUCCACCCUCGUUCAUCAUCAUCUCUGUGGGGACAGACAAGAGCCGUGGCCGCCACGGGCCGCGUGGUGCCAUCAACCCUCUGCCUCCCUACUCAACCUGAGACAGGAAGGCCAAGAUCCCGCCCAAGCCGCCAGCUGGGAGCACCGCGGGACUGAGCCAAGGAAGGCGUGGGGAGCGUGGUGACAGGAGGUGGGACAAGGGGGCAGAGCUGGCUGGAACACGGAUGCCAGAGGCUGCCUCCAUAGUGAAUCUCCAGAAGUCACAGAGGCCCUGGGCACCCAGAGCCACCCAGCUUGGAAGCCCCUGCACGGGCCAGCCCUGCAGGCCAUGGACCCCGGCAGGCACCGAAGCCUCACCCCAAGCCUUUGCACACAAGGAGCAGCCCAGGUGGGGACGGCGGGCGCAAGAAGGGAACCGCGGGGACGGCCUUUCCCCUCCCGCCCUGUGUGGGGAUGCUGCACGAGCCGUGGACCAAGAGGCUGACAGGUCCCCUGGGGUGCGUUCUUCAGGCGCGUGGUGGACGAGGCAGCGUCCUCGUGUGGUCGGGACCUGGGUACCCAGCAGCAUCUGGCUCCUGCAUCCACCAAGUGCGCCCAGGCACAGACUCAGGCCAGAAGGUUCGCUGCAGAGGUUCAUUCUAGAAGGAGCGGGAGACCAGCAGUCCCAGCCCUGUCCAAGGACGCCUGCUGCUUGGCACACGAGGGCGCCGCAGGCCCACCAUCCCUCAGGACAUGGCUGCCGAGUCCCCAGAGACUUCUGGUCCCACAGCAAGAGCUGGAGCUCCAAGCAUAACAUCUCUAACUGUGCAGCAAGGACAGCGCAGCCAGAGGUUGGGAGCUCCACAGCCUCCAGGGUCCCCCGAGGGCGGCUGGGGGCAGGGAACGCCCCACAGCACAACAACACACACGGCGUGGACAUACGCACGUCCCCGCCAUACGCACCUCCCCGCAGAGGCUUCCUGGCUGCGUCACUCCCACCCCCUGCGGGCCAGGCCUCACAGCAGGGGCAGGUGGACCAUCCAGGCCAUGCUAAGCCCCGAGCAGGUUCCCACAACAGGUCACAGAGGGGACGCCGGGCCAGGAGAUGGGGGCCUGGGGAGCAAGGCCCCCCACAGCUGCCCUCGGUGACAUCUGGGACUUGGACAUCCAUGGACGGCAUCCCUGGAUGGAGCCAUUUCCUGGGUACUGGACCUGGAGGUGACUCGGAGCUUCUCCUGCUCCCAGCGUGUGUCUGUGGGGGCGGUCAGGGUAGACAGGCCACACCGUCAUCAGGGAGGGGCAGCCGGCCGCCAACGUGCAGACUGUGUCUCAGGCCUGUCGGCAUGGCGGGGACAGAGGUGGGCGGGCGCUGCUCCGCUUGGGGGCUGACAAGCCACAGGCUCAUCGUGGACAAGGCGUCUGUACAGCUCCGCACAGAAGACUGUUCUCAGCCAGUCCCGUCAGCCUCCCGGGAUCAGGGAGUGAGCCUCGAAUGCUAGAUCAGAAAGGAAAACGUAGAGGAAGCAGUGCAUUGGUGAAGGCAACGUUAGGUGUGAUUUCCACUCCUGCUGGGAGACCCAGGCCGCAGCCCAGGAGCUUCGUCCAGCCUGUGGAUGGAGCCUGACUGGCUGCAGAUGGAACUUCUGUGUCCUCCCACCCUAGGUGGGCUAAGGUUCUGCUCUCAGAGCUGAAUUGACAGGAGGUGUGUGUGUGUGCUCACUUGUGUGCACAAGCAUGCGUUUAUGCAUGUUUUCAUGCAACCAGAAGAGCCAUUCGUGGGAUUUAGCCAUUUCGAGGCACCUAGAAGUUGAGGCAGCCAGCUGUGCAGCCAGGUGUGACUGUUACUGGCAGCAUUGUAUAAAAGACACGACUCAGCUGCCGUAGGGAGGACUGGGUUGUCUGGAAGUAUUAGGCUCAUUUUAUAUUUGUGUCAGAAGAAAUGUCUGACUUUGGGGCAGAUGACACAGUGGCUGCGGACCAGGCAUGGCUCCCUAGGUUGAAAUCAGGGAAAAGCUAAUAGUAUCAGACAGAUAUGCUUUUUCUUUGGUGGCUGCAGGAUUUCUGCUGGAAAAUGCACUAUUAAUCAGCACUUGUCCAAGAAAGACCCAUCCAUUUCUGUUGUCAUUCAAGCCACAGUUCCUGAUUUACUCGGCAAGAUACUGGGCCAGUUCAAUGUCUCUAGCUGAGCCUGACCUCGGGGUUUGCGUCUCGAGUCUGAAAUCCUGUUUAGUCCUCUGUGCAUAGUUUUGUCUCAUUUUAACGACUGCAUCUUCUUGGCACAUUUAUUAUACUCACAACUGAAUGGCACACAAUAGCCUUGUGUUAAUAAAAGCUACCGUGGCGCUGUGGGUGAACCGCUGGGUUGAAGUCCGAUGGACUCUACGAUGCAGGCAUCCAGAAAUAUGUUGUAACUCUACCUGGCUCCCUGCCAGCCUGGCCUCCUCCUCUGGGAGAGCUCCUGGCAUGGUCCCAAUGUGUACCUGCAUGGGAACAACAGCUGCAUGGGCCAGCUGUUUCGGAUCUAAAGAUGUGCAGUGAAACUCACAUUCCCAGAUUCACAUCCCUCAUGUUUAUUUGGGUCAUCAUGGUUUAGCAUGUUGUAUAUAUGUCUGGAGCACUUCAUACACCUCUAUCCACCACAGACACUCUUAAUCACAGUUCUGUAAUAAUAAUAAGGCAAACUAUACGGCAAAGAGAAGCAUGUAAAUAUGUACCAAAUCCUUAUGAAGUUGUAAUUGUUUAUAUGUAAAAAGUAUGUAUAUAGGAAAGGGAGAAGGUGCAAGGAAUGUGCUGAAUAACCAAACUGCAUCGCGUCUCUGCCCCAUUCCUGAAAGCACACAUCUAGUUGGAGCGUCAGUUCCUCUCCUUAGAUAUCAUUGUUUUCACUCGUCUAUCAUAGGCACCUUCUUUACAUCUGAUUACAAUACCCAGCAUUUCAGAACUGGGUUUUUGCCCCCAAAAAGGUAAAUAUGAGCAUUCAUCACUGACUCCUCCUGGUCCAGUGAGCAGCAGCAGAAUUCAAGUAUUUAAAAAUAAGGUGCAUUUCUAAAUUGCAGGCUAUACCUUCUUUUCCAAACCAAUGGGCUAGAGUGAAUUUCCUCCAAGUACUUGGGCUGUCUUACUGCUAGCUCUUCUAACAGGGGAAGUCUGUAUGAAUGCAUCACCCCCUAAUAAGGCAAGAGGAAGGACCCUGAAAUGUUGCCAGAAAUGUUUACUGUUACAUCAACAUUUACAUUAUAUUAACAUCAUCACACUCUGUGUUCAACACACAGAACAACAUAGAUACUCUAGUUUGUCUAAAGUAAAAAUCCACAUAAAUAGCAGAUUCCUUUGUUGACACCAGUGUGGUGUUUACCUUGUGCCCAUGGUCCAGAUUUUGAGCUGGAGAAGGACUAUGGCUGUUCCUUAAAGUCUCUGCCCUUGCAGAAUCUGUAGCCUUCAGGAUACCCCGAGUGCCUUACAGGGCUUGUGAACACCGAUACUAGAAGUCAAAAAGAAGAGAGUGCCCAAGUGUGGGUUUGGAGGCACUGACGCAUUCGCCAACUCACUGUCAUCCCAUCCUUGAAACCCUGAGAGAGUGUGUGUGUUUUAUCACAGUAAUGGAAUUCAGUUUAGGCUCAGGAAACUCAUAUUGUGAAUAUAGGUAUCAAAUCAUAUAUUUGUUUACUGUAUAUUUUUUAAAAAGCUUUAUUGUAAAUUUAUGCAAAAACUAACCGGGCCUGUUUUCUUAUGGCGGCAUGCCAGGUAGUGUGUGUAUUCUCCCAGGCACUCCCUUCAUAGUCACCCUCUAACCACGUGACAUUCCGUUCCAUGCUAAGCAGUAUUCACAGGCCUAAAAUAGGUUUGUAUGGUGAUCUACAAGAUUUUACAAAUAUUUUUGUAUUGUGAUUCCUAUGAUAUAUACCAGAGAAUUUUUUACUCGUUUGUAAAUUAUUGUACAGUUUUAAUAAAAAAUGUUUUAAAUCUUAGACGAUUAAAGUCCCCUCAAAGGUAUUAAAGUUUGAACUGAAAGCUGUAUGA